AUGCAAGCACAAUCCCGGCUCGCGGCACUGCUGCUCGCCUUGCUACUCUUCUGCAGCCAUGUGUCCGCGUCAGGGUAUCAGAGAACGUACACUAAAACGAUAACGAAGCACAAGACUGUGACGACCUGUAAGAAGACGACAACCAUCACCAAAACCAGCACGUACACCCAGCCUGGGAAAGCUGUAACGACUACAAAGACCAGUACUACAACACCAGUCACAACGUUAGUCACCACGAGCACCAUUAUUGACCCAGCUCUCUCGACAACGACCACAACAACAAUCACCUCGGGAACGACUACAGUCGCGGCGCCUUCGGGAUUCCAAGGCGUACGUGACAGCCUACCCCAAGCCACUUAUGAUCCAUCUUUGCUUGCAGACGGCAGUGGUCCAAGUGAAAAGAAGAAACGAGAGGCCAUAGCUGAACUCUUCGAGCGCGAAAAGUGGACUGAGGAGAAGUGGUGGAAACGUAACAACUAUCAUGGCGCCAAAACCAAGACUGUGUACACCACGAAGACCAAGACUGUCCACAGUACAAAGACUAUCAGGAAAACAUCGACAAAGACUGUCCAGGGCUCUCCAACGAGCACUGCAACAGUAACAACGACUAGCACAGCACCGACUAGCACAGUCACCAUCACCACAACCUCAAAUAUCAUCCCGCCUGUUAUCACAAAGACAACGACAGAGACAACAUUCGUCGCGACCGCAUACGCAGCCUGCGCAUCAAGCAACAUAGCUAAUGCAGUCAUCGAGGACGAAGAAACACUUCCAAUUCGACGCUUCGGUUUCACUGCGGACAGUACUGCAAUGGAUAACUCAGUCUUACUAGGCGACGAUGUCGAAGACGGCAUUGCUUGCUGCAGUCUAUUCUUCGCCAUGCCAUUCGCGUCUGAUCCCGAUAACGAGAACGGAAAUGGACGACCAGCCUCUCAGGGCGUUUUUAUUUGGGAUUCAGACAGUCAGAUAUGUGUCGGCUACUAUCAUUCUGUGUACAAUUGUACCAUGCAAGCCGGAGAUCCGAUGAAUAGACAGAUCGUCGUGUCUAACGAGCGUCCUGGAUUGGAGGGACUGGUUGUAGGCAACGGACAGUGUGGUUUCAUUGAUGGAAAUGAAUUUGGUAGUUAA